AUGAAAGGAAGAAAUGUUAACUACAAUCAGCUAAUGUGGCUUUGCAAAGACUCAAGAGAUUCUUUAAAGGCUCUAUACCAGUUAAAUACUAAUAAUGAAAACGAAAUCAACAAAAUUUACAUCAACCUUAAAGAACAAAUAGAUUCACCUGAAAAACUCAUUGAACAAAUAAUACUUGCAUCAAAGUAUAAUCUACGCUUCUUCAAAUCCUAUUGGACAAUCUUCAAAAAAGUGUAUGAAGAAUUCCAUCCAAAACGUGUACAAAACAUUUCUCCCAUUUUCGAUUACAUGGUAUUCAAGGAAUAUGGUAUUGUUUUCCAGGAAAAUAGCAGAAAUUCUUUCGAAAAGUUUGAAAAUAAAAAUUAUACACUUGACAUUCACGAAAAGUACUCGAUUUACAAAGCAAUCAUGGAAGAUGAUCUUGAACAGUUUGUUUCAUUAGCAAGCAAAGAUGAUUUCGAUGAAAAUGUGACAUUACAACACGAUUUCUAUCCGAAGAAAAAUCACGAAUACAGUUUACUUGAACUCUGUUGUUACUAUGGUGCCGUUAAGUGUUUCAAGUUUAUUAUUACGAAAUUUGAACCUGAAAUCACUCCAGAAUGCCUUCAACUGUCAUUUUUGAGUGGAAAACCAGAUAUCAUGAAUGAAUGCAUGAAAGUUCAAAAACCUGAUAACAAAUGCAUGAAAUAUGCAAUUAUUUCACACAACAUUGACUUUGUCACAUUCUUGAUGAGGGAGCACAAAAUCGAUAUAAAUCUUGAUCAAUGCUGCAAAUUCAAUUGCAUUGAAGCAUUUUGUGCAUACUUAGUUAAUACAAAGGAUUACACAACAUGCUUUGUUCACUCACCAAAACUAUUUUCUGUUCCUUUGCUUGAAUAUUUUAUAAAUCAUAUUGAUAACAUCGAUAUCAAAUCAAAAAGCGGUUACAAUGCUCUUUAUAUCGCUGUAAUGAGUGAUUUCAGGAACGGAGUAAAACUUCUUGUUUCCAAAGGAGCAUCAAUCAAUGAGAAAUUUGAAAAGGGUAACACUUAUCUUCAUUAUGCUUCAUGGCUUGGUUUCAAUGAGAUAGUCAAUAUGUUUAUCUCUUAUGGAAUUGAUGUUAAUUCAAAGGGGGAGAAUGGAUCAGCUCCACUUCAUUUUACAGCACUUUAUAACUUGCCGGAUACUGCUGAAAUCCUUCUUCAACAUGGAGCAGAUAUCAAUAUAGGUAAUGCAAGUAGAGAAACACCCAUUCAUUAUAGUGCCAGAGAGGGAAGCAAAGAAAUAUGCGAAUUUCUUCUUCAGAAUAAUGCUGAUGUUAACAGAGGAAAUAAGAAAGGUCAAACUGCUCUUCACAUUUUAGCAGAAAAGGCAGAUACAAAAUUUACAGAACUACUUUUAUCUCACGGUGCAGAUAUCAAUGCACGUGAUGAUAAUGGAGAAACUCCACUCUUUAUUGCAAUUAAUUCUAACAAUAAAUCACCGGUUCCGAAUCUAAUGCCUGGAUAUAGAAAGACAAACCCUCGCAGUUAUAUAUUGAACGUACCUAAAUCCAAAGAAUAUGUUGAAUUUCUUCUUUCGCACGGAGUUGAUUUUAAUAAUGCAAACAAAAGAGGAUAUACAUGUUUACAUUGUUCAGCUGAAUCUAAUAAUAGAGAAGCACUUGAACUAUUAAUUUUACACGGUGCUAAUAUUAAUUGUAUUGAUGAUGAUGGUAAUACACCGUUACAUAAAGCAACUUUCCGUUAUUGCAAAGAAUCAUUAGUUACUCUAAUUGAACAUGGAGCUGAUGUAAAUAUUAAAAAUAAAAAGGGAUUUGCACCAUUGCAUUUUGCAACUUUAGAAAAUAAUCUAGAAGUUGUAAAACUUCUUGUAUCACACGGAGCUGAUAUUAAUGCAAAUAACGACCAUAAUGCCACUCCAUUAGUUUGUGCUGUUGCAAAGGAAAAUAUGGAAAUUGCAGAAUAUCUUGUCUCGCUUGGCGCAACUAAGUAG